ACGAUCGUUACCGAAGAUUGCCGAGCUCAGCCCUUGCCACGUUUGCUUCGUGGGUUCGCGGUUGUAUCACAUCUGUUAGAGUGGCGAUAUAUUCUACAAAGUUGGACGGUGUUGAUGCCUUCGUCAGCUAUAUCGUGACGGCAGAGACAAUUCUUAAUUUUUUUUUAAGAUGAACAUUUUUCAGGUGUUAAUCGCUGUUGCGCUAAUAUGUUUCGUCGGCGUGCAAAGCUUGUCUUUUUAUCUGCCUGUCAAUAACAGGAAAUGUUUGAAAGAAGAAAUCCACAAAGAUGUGUUAGUGACCGGUGACUAUGACCUUUCAGAUGCACCGGGACAGAAAACACUGCUUCACGUUGCAGAUUCAAAUGGACACAUAUUGUACACGAAAGACGAUGCAACUAAAGGAAAAUUUGCUUUCACCACAGACGACUAUGAUAUGUUUGAGGUCUGUUUCCACACUAAAAUGGUUGCAGGUGGAAGAGGUGCAGACAGAGAAGUGUCUCUUUAUUUGAAGAAGGGUGUAGAAGCUCGAACCUAUGAUGAUAUUGCUAAGGCGGAGAAGCUGAAACCUAUGGAAGUUGAACUUAGGAGACUAGAGGAUCUCUCAGAGUCUAUUGUAAAUGAUUUUGCUUAUAUGAGAGCUAGAGAAGAAGAGAUGAGAGAUACAAAUGAAUCAACAAACUCAAGAGUGCUGUAUUUUAGCAUUUUCUCCAUGGUUUGCCUUUUAAGUUUAGCAACGUGGCAAGUAUUCUAUUUGAGAAGAUAUUUCAAGGCCAAGAAAUUAAUUGAAUAAUUAUUGUAUUACAAAUGCAAGAUGUAAAUUGUGACAGACAGCAAUAUUGUCUUAGAGAAAUAAUACUAUUUUCCAGGCACAUUUCUGUUCAUCCCAUUUUAUGAAAAGUUGCAACGGUGCAAAAUAAUUAUCUCUGUGCUUCAAAGAAGUUAUUUCUGUAAGACAGACUGAGCGAAAAAAUGUCACAGGAUGAAUAAAGUUGGGGAAAUUGUACGACACUGGGGAAGAAUAUAACCCUAGUCGGUGAAGUGCUUGCUUGCAUGGGAUAUCUUGGCCAUAGUGGUUAUUCCUGUCUGAUUCCAUACAUACAAAAACUAAUAGUUGAAUACUAAUAAUUAAGUUUCUUUAAAAUGCUAGUGAUUUUUCUAUUUUGAGUGUCACGGUCCGUGUCCAAUAAAGCUUGAUAACAUAAAA